UAAAAACACCAUUUUAUUACUACUCUACUGCUUCCAGAACAACCCAGCACAGAGUCACACACAAAAAAGAUCUUGCAUUUUUUUGAAAGAGAGAAAAAUCCAUUGAUAUAGCUAGCACCAAUGAGGUCAAUAUCUCUGUUAAUGGCGCUAAUGUGCGCCUUGGUUGUGGUUAUGGUACCUCAAGUUUAUGCGAAAAGAUACAUUGUUGGUGGCAAAAUGGGCUGGACUUCCAAUGUUAACUACACUAUUUGGGCCCAAGACAAGCACUUCUACCUUGAUGAUUGGCUCUUUUUUGUGUAUGACCGAAACCAGAUGAGUGUGCUUGAGGUGAACAAGACCAACUACGAAAACUGCAACGUCGAGCACCCUUUGGGAAACUACACUACAGGAGCUGGAAGGGAUGUAGUUCAUCUCAAUGUAACCAAACACCGCUACUUCGUUAGUGGCAACGGCUUCUGUUAUGGUGGCAUGAAGUUGUCAGUUAGGAUCGAGAAGCGCCCUCCACCUCCAACUGCAGCCCCUGUUAAGAGUAGUGCACCAAGAACUUACUACAGAUCCCACUUUGUUCUGCCACUAGUAUUUGGCAUUGGUGCUGUUUGGGAUUCUUUCCUUCGAGUCAUGGGAUGAUUUGUAGAAUAUGGAGUAACUUAUUGGAUCAAACAAUAUUUUAUUUAUUAUUAAUCUCAUUUCUUUUAGCCUAUUCGUGUUAAGUCACUACAGAAUUGUAUUUCUUGAUUUAUUGGAAUUGGAAUUGGGAUGUGGUUGUAAAAUUUAGAAUUUCCCAAAGGCAAAUUGAUUACGUUUUGUUUU